AUGGUCAAAUUAUUUGAUGACCAUGAGACGACUGAGCAUAAACACACUUCUGGCGAAGAGAACCACGAACUGCAUCGUUCACCUGUCGAGGAAGCAUCUGGAGCGACAUCGCAGGAACACAUUGACGAAAUCGAGCAAGUCUACGAGCCUUACGAAGAGGACGAUCAUGAGAAGCAUGGGGAAGCGAAGCAGAAUCGACUCGAGCUUCACCGCACUACAAGUCGAGCAAGUCGAAUCAGUGCCGUAAGCAAUAGGCUCGACAGGACGUUCACGACGAGAUCACUGCCUGAGCCUGGUCCACCGCCAGACGGAGGGUGGCGUGCUUGGAGUCAGGUGGCGUGCGGAUGGCUGGUUAUCUUCUCUUCAUGGGGCUGGGUGAACUCUUAUGGCGCAUGGCAAACGUACUAUACCUUGAGUCUCGAUGCACCGCCGGCAACGAUUGCAUGGAUCGGAACGGUGUCGAAUUUUGGGACUUUCUUCUGUGUGACCCCAAGGUGUGGCCGACUCUUAGACGCUGGCCUGUUUCUGCCUACAGUCCUGGUCGGUGCAACGAUACAGGUGCUCGGGAUCUUCCUGAUGAGCAUCAGCACAAAGUUCUGGCAAUUAAUGCUGACCCAAGGCAUUCUCACUGGUCUUGGCUCUGGCAUUCUGUUCACACCAUGCAUGGGUCUGAUGGCGACAUACUUCUCUAAGCAUCGCGCUGUCGCACUAGGUGUAGCAACCACAGGCAAUGCAGUCGGAGGUGCCAUCUACCCGACCAUCGUUGCGCAGCUGCUACCCAAGAUCGGCUUUGCAUGGACAGCAAGGGUGCUUGGCUUCCUCAACCUGGGUCUCCUUUCAGUUGUAAUAGCGUUCAUGCGACCUCGUCUUCCACCACGAAGGUCUGGACCAAUGCUGGAGCUCUCCGCUUUCAAGGAAGGACCAUAUGCUUUCUUUGUGCUUGCGAUGUUCUUCGCCUUCUAUUCCAUCUACAGCGUGUUCUACUAUGUUGCAUCUUUUGGGCUGCAGAAGCUCGGCAUGUCGUAUGAGGCAGCAACGAAUAUGGUUGUCAUAGUCAAUGCUAUUGGCAUCCCUUCACGACUUAUUGCCCCAUACUUCGCUGACAAGUACGGCACGUUGACGACCGUCGGACCCUCUAUGAUGGCAUUGACUAUUGUGGCAUACUGCUGGCUAGCCGUUCACGAUAUCGCUGGGCUCUACAUAUUCACCAUCUUCUAUGGUAUCACUGCCGCAGCUUUCCAGUGCCUCUUUCCUUCGACAGUAGCGAGCCUGACACCCCGGCUUGAUAUGCUCGGCACGCGGAUUGGGAUGGCUGGUAGUGCUUGUUCGUUUGCAGCGCUGACUGGCCCUGCUAUAUUUGGGGCUAUACAGACAGCCAUGGGAGGCCGGUACACUGGGUCCAUGAUCUUUGCCGCGACCUCCACGUUGCUUUGCGUCGCAUCUAUAGUGGCUUCUCGAUGGUGUAAGGUAGGCUGGCAUCUGCAUCAGAAAUGCUGA